AUGAUGUUGUCACAGGAAGCAUGGCUUUAUAUGAUCCAAGUAACGAUGACAUUAUACUUCCACAGCGUGAUGUAGGGAAGUUUCUUUCAGGCAAUGAAAGUAAGGACUUUGGGAAUGUUGAAUUAAAAUUGGACAUUCAUGGUCUACAAACACCCAUUAUGACUGUCCCUCCUGGAUUAGAGGGGUACCGUAGUCCGACUUCACCACGAUCUGGCAAUAUGAUUACUUCCCCACCGCUUAAUGCGGAUCAUAUCGAACAAUAUCUUAGUCCGACGCUGGCAGGUCUCACCUCGCCAACGAUAGCUAGUGUGAAUGCAGUAAAUCAAAACAUUUUACUUGCGGGUGUACGGGAAGAUAUGUCAGGAAAUAUAACAACAAAUCAAACAAUUGCUGAAUUGACAAAUACAUUGAACAAUAUGACUAUUGCUAGUGUAAAUGGUAGUGUAGUUUCUGAAAUAGGUAAAGUAACAUCCCCUGUUCUUUCAAAUGUUCAAGUAUCAGGAUCGUCGGUUGCCCCUAAACAGGCAAAAUUAUCUUGGGCGGCAAUUGCAAAAAAUGCACCCAAGCCUCCUCCGGUAAAUACAUCACCAGAGGUUUUAGGUACGGUAGCUGGUGCUUAUAGUGCAGCCAUCUCACCAACAUCUGCAGUUUCGCCUACUUCAGCAUAUGCUAGGCCUAUGUCUGCUCCCACUGGUGCUUGGGUUAGUAAAGCUAAAAUUGUUGGAACACCUUCAGGUAAUGGCAUGAGCAACCUUUUUGUAUCACCAAAUCCAGGACUUGUGACGCCAACUGGUAUGGGGUCAAUCACCAUUCCUGCGACACAAG